AUACAUCUGGAAGCAUCUCCUGUCUCGUUUCGCUCUGUGUGUCGGCCAAAAACCUUUUUGUCUUUAGGGUUUAUCAUAAUAUUCCAAAAUGGAGAAACAGAAACACCAACCUGUAUGCGGCCAAGAGGCUCUCCUUCUUCUCAAUUGCGUCACGGAGUCUCCUUUCGAUCAAGAGAAAUGCCUCCGCUUCUUGCAAUCUCUCAGAGAAUGCGUCCUCUCAAAGAAAGUUAACAAGUUCGUGAUACCAAGUCAGGAACAUGCCAGUGAGGGAGCAGCUAACAAGCCACCUUCAUAACCUUGUUUGUUUCCCUUUUCUUUUGAGAUGUAAUCUCUCACAUACCUUGAUGGUUUCAUAUAAGACUCGGAACUAGAGGUUUCUAUAUUGUUACUUUGUAUGUUUGAAAACUGGAUGAGCUAAAUAGAAAUAUUCAAGUGGCUGUUUGAUU